GCUCGGCUCGAGACACAUACAACGCCAGUUGCGUUGCGAUCACGUCGCGAACGGAUACGUGUCGUGCGUGUGAUUCAAUUUUUUUCGAAACUUUUGGAAAAAUUUUUCUCCUCCCAAUGAGACAAUGAGAAGCUAUCGGAAAAGGUUUUUCUCAACAUAAAUAAUUUGAUAAAAAGAGACAAUAAGUGGUUAACCUUAACGCAGUUUUGGAAAGAGCGCAAAAAUUUGGUGAACUUGUCACUAGAGAUUGAAAACAGUCUAAACUAACAGUCCAAUCUCCAAACUUACAUCUUACUACAGAUUAAAAGUUAUUGGGAACAUUUUAGAUAAAACCCUAAGAUCUUUCCACUAGAGUUUUGAACAUACUAGAUAAGACUAUCUUGUAAGAGGUUAAACAAAGUGUUUCUUGAAUAGAUUUGAGAGGAUACAAAAACCAUCAAAUAAUUUUGCUGAAAAAUUGCUAAAAUUUAUUGAAACAAUUUACAGAUCGUAGUCUUUGAAAGAUUGAAAGAAAUCCAGAUUUCAAGAAGAAAUUUGAAGAAAUCUAGAAAUAAAAAAUAUUGUAAAUCUUCAGACCGUCUCUCAUUAUAAACCUGCAGUACAAUCUUCACGGAGCAAUCUUAUCAGACUACAAUGAAGAUGAGUAAGGUGGGCAACCAGACCAAUUCGCAGGACCCGCAGGCAGUCAACUCUCGUGUGUUUGUCGGAAACCUGAACACAUUUCAGUGCAGCAAAACUGAUGUCGAGAGGAUGUUCCAGCGAUACGGACGUCUAGCUGGUAUCUCGAUGCACAAAGGCUACGCGUUUGUGCAGUUCACAAAUCCGUUUGAUGCUCGAAGCGCAUGCCUUGGCGAGGAUGGAAGGACUGUACUCGGCCAAAUACUCGAUGUGAACAUGGUCGCAGAACCUAAACCACAUCAGACCGGCCGUAAACGACAAAAUGUCGCCAAAACCGGCAAUGACUGGGACUACUACUAUGACAGUUACUACGCGUCAGCCACAGCAGCAUUCCCGGGUGCCCUGGGGGGUGCAGGGGGACCCGGGCCCAGACUGGUUCCCCCCCUGAAGCGACCCCGUCUGAUGGCCGUGGCACAGAGUGGUGGUGUUGGUGGUGGUGUCACGGGGGGAGCACCCCCCCGGCUGGGUGCCCCGCCAUCGCUCAAGGUCAUGCAACAGCAGCACAAGGUCACAGCUGUUUCUCAGGCGGGGGGACUCAAUGGAACAGCUGCCCCCUUGCUUACAACUCAGGUGGCUCAGCUGAAAACGUACAGUAAUCCAGACAUCCUGAUUUGUGGAAACUGCAGAGAAAUGUUCACUGAACUUCAAGAGUUGAUGGAUCACAAGAAAUCAUACUGCAAGCUUCGAUUUACCUGCAAGUGUAGUGUCACUAACGGACCUAUCACAAAAUCAGGUGUAAAACCCGAACAAGACCUUCACACACCGGACCAAACCACCAACAGCAGCACAGUCUCCCUGAUGUGUGUCCAGUGUAAAGACUCCUUUUUCGGCAACGCCUGGGACCUUAUGGUUCACGUGCAAGCGGCUCACAUGCUCAACAUAUACGAACUUGGAGUAGCACCUAAUGGCGUCUCAAGUCCCUCCAAUGGCAUCCUGGGAGUCCAGAGUCCCUCUAAUGGCGUCCUGGGAGUCCAGAGUCCCUCCAAUGGCGUCCUGGCAGUCCAGACUCCCUCCAAUGGCAUCAUUGGUGUUGGAUCUCCCUCUAAUGGCGUCGUAGCAUCUGAACGUCUUUCCGCUGCCGAACAGUCGCCUGAUGAAUCUGUGGUCGCUAGCUGCUCUCCACAGGGGUCGCCGAUUGUUGGAGGGGCGAGGAUGGAGCUGGACAACGGAGGCGAGAUAGACAUGAUGACGUCGCCCGAUAUCGACGAAGACUUGUGCCCGACGCCUCAAGUAGAGUCCACCGCACAGGCCUGCAUUAUGCAUGCUCUGCACAUUGAAAACGCAGCCGGCACCCUGACUUCAGCCGCGGCCAAAAUUCUCGUCAACCCUCUCACCAAUGGGGAACUUCUCAACGCUCACGAAUGAGUUACAAUUUCACUCUAAACUCGACGCCAUUUUGUAAAAUCUAUCUGUGAAAAACAGCAACAACAAUCAAAAUCUCCGUUGAAAUGAACAAAAGUGCAAGCUAACUUUUGAACAAAAACAGCUGAUGAAAAAACAAGCUAAUUUUUCAUUACUGUCGACAGAUCAAGUUGAACAAUUCUAUAGAAAUGAUUGAGAGGUUUUUAAUUUCACAGACUUAGGCCCGGUUGAACACCAACAGCCGGUUGAAUUUUAACCGUGAUUAAUUCCACGGGAACCAAUCAGAGAAGCCGUCUUUUCAAAAACACCUCAUCUGAUUGGUUCUCGUGAAAUUAAUCACGGUUGAAAUUUAACCGGCUUCUGUGCAACCGGCACUUACACUUCUCGGAAAGUGAUUUAGAUUGACAUGAGUUGACAUCGGAUAUUAUGAUAAAUUGGUGAAGGUCUAAACAGUUAACGUUAUAAUAGCAGUGGAGAAAGAUAGGAGAACAGUGUAGCCGAUUCUCUAACAUGCCAUUGCCUUUCAAAUAAAAUAGCUCUCUGCCUCUAUAGAAGGCAGUGGCAAGGCAGAGAAUCAGCAACGCUCUCAUCCUAUCUUUCUCCACUGCCAUUAUAACGUGAAACUCACUAUAGAGGAUGUGCAUGAAUUCCUCGAUUUUAAUCUGAUAUGAAAAUCUCAAUUUAAACUCCAAUUAACGGGAGGUUUCACAAUAUUAAUAGAAAUUCAACAAUUUUUCCACACAACUUUAUGUUGGAAGAGUGUACUGUGUCAGUAUGCAUGAGAUACGGAAAUGUAUGUUGAGGUCUUAAUGUUAUGUGAAAGAUAUUAUGGGGAGUAGAUCAUAGUGAACAGAGAUGAGAACAUUUUUUCUCUAUGUACUUAUGAAACUCAACUCUACUACUGUUAGGUUGGAGUUAAACCAAACAAGCAAAUUAUUGUUCUGAACAAAGAUUAAUAAAACUCUGGAUAAAGCCAGUGAAAAAUCUUUAAAUUCAAGAGAACCAACAU